AUAGUUAACAAGAGAGAACGCAAUAACAAUAAACAUUUUUUUUUUAACUUAACAUCGUGGUAACUCUGACACGACUCCAAUAUGGCGAAUGUGAGGGACAGUGAUACAUCGUUGUGGCUUCAUAACAAAUUGGGAAUAUCAAACGAUAGUUGGACUGGAAGUUCUAUCUGUUCUCAAUUAAACGCUGAAGUUUUACGCAACAUAAAGGAAUGUUUUGCUGAAUUACAAACCCAAGUAAAACUUAAAUUAUUGCUUUCGUUUUUUCACAUACCAAGACGCAAUGUUGAAGAGUGGAGAAAUGAAUUGGAGGAAGUUAUUGAAAUUGCAUCAGUGGACAGCGACUUGUGGGUUUCGAUGUUAUCCGAAGCGAUGAAAACGUUGCCAGCGACUGGAUCGUUGAAUACAGAUAUAUCAGACUUGGAUGAACAUCGUCCUAUAUUUGGUGAACUGGUAAACGAUCUCAGAAAGUUAUUGAAAAAACAAAAUGACUUGACUAUGCUACCAUUGGAAUGUCAUUACCUCAACAAAACAGCUUUGACAUCAGUAGUCGGUCAGCAACCAGCGCCAACAAAACAUUUCACACUGAAAAGAAAACCCAAAAGUGCUGCAUUGAGAGCUGAACUGGUACAGAAGAGUGUCGAUGCCGCGAAUAACAUGAAAAAAAGUACAGCACCAACGGUACCAGUGCGCAGUCGAGGAAUGCCAAGAAAAAUGACAGACACGACUCCUCUUAAAGGAAUUCCAAGUCGAGUACCAUCCGGUGGGUUCAGAUCUCCAGCAUUGACACCUUCCUCAAUGUACACCAGGACACCUAUCAGCAGUAGGAUCCGCAAAGACGGUGGUAUAAAAUUGCUGGAUAUAAAUGAACAGCCUCUGGGUUACGCGCAGGCUAAAAAACGCAAGCGAAUGCUAGAACUCGAAGAGCAACAGAAAAAAGUUGCAGAAGCACAAACUGCGGCAGUCGCUGCAGCAACUCCAGCGCCUGCAGAAGCUCCGACGACGCCAGAGUAUGCUCAGGGUCUUGCUCCAAUAAACCCACCAGCUACUCCAGCUGCCACUACAGCUACCACCCAAUCUUACGCUCCUCCUACUACUCCAGUUGCUGUUCCAGCACCGACUACACCCACUACCCCAACGACUCCAACAAUACCAGCAGCACCCAGUACAAGUGUACCCGUACCAGCUCCGCCGACAAUUGUUACCGCAGAAGCGGCUCCAGCCAGCGUCCAAGCUGUCAGACCCGCGCCAACAGUCACACAAAUUCGUAUUCAAACUACAGCACAACCUGCCAAUGCUACUGCUAAUACAAGAAAAGGAUUAUCGCUUACUCGAGAACAAAUGUUGGAAGCACAAGAAAUGUUCCGGACAGCAAACAAAGUUACGAGGCCCGAAAAAGCUCUCAUAUUGGGAUUCAUGGCUGGCGCGAGAACAAACCCUUGUCCGAAAUUAGGUAACAUUGUAACCGUGAUGUUGUCCGAAAAUGUUGAAGACGUGGUACAGCCUGACGGCACCACAGUAUCGAUGCUCGUUGAAACCCAUUUCCAAAUGAAUUAUACCAACGGUGAGUGGAAAAGAAUAAAAAAAAAUCGACGUGUUGUCACUGAGGAUUCCGUGAGCUCGAAUACGCCAGCAGCGACUGCCACUGCCGCUUCUAAUUAAUUUUUUAUUUUACCGCCUAAAUUUUUUUGAAUUAAAAAUUCGUACGUCGUUGAUAUUUUCGGCUCCAUUUUAAAAUUUUUUCGCACUUUUAAACUCGUGGCUUAAGUGCCUGUGGAAUCGUGUCAGUACUUUAUAUAUAUUUUAAAAAUCUCAUUUAAUUAAAUCGUUUAUUGAAACACGAAUCCGUUGAUAUCGAAGGUAGAUAGGAAAUUAAAAUAUAAUAGUUUAGAAAUAGUUUAUAUUUAAGAUUUACAAAGCUGAUGAUCUUGAAGAUGUCGCAAUAAUUAAGAUUUAAUGAAAUAAUUAUUGUAUUACGAAUAAUUAAUUAAUCAAUUAAUUAAUAAUACAUAUGUAUAUUUAUAGUAAAUAACAGAAUAUAAAAUAUAAUACUUAAAAUAUUAUUAGGUAAAAGAAAAAAAAUAUAUGUAACUAAAUUACCUGAUAAAUUAGAGUGCAAAUAAUUAAUAUGUAUGAUGGCAAAAUUAUAAUUGUUUUACUUGUGUAAAAUUUCGUACUGUAACUUUUCUCAGUGGGAUCGCGUGUCCCGCAUUGACGGUGGCCUAGUGUUUUUUUUCGCUUCGUAUGUACAUAACCAGGUAUUGAUAAACUAGGCUCGUUUAAUUUACCCGUUGAUAUUAAUUUACUGAAAUCUAUUUCCAAACGAUUGGCUAUUGGGCCGCGGAAGUGUAAUAAAAAUUGUAUACAAGCUCCAUUGUGAAGUAUUUUAGUUUUUCUGCUGUCAAUAGACAGCAUCCACUCGGGAAUGCCCAUUACCUUUCUCACAUCCUCUAAAAACUGAGCUCUGGAAUUUAAAUAAAAAUAAUUAUUGUAAAUAAAUUAUAUUGUAAUUUAAGAAUUAAUUAAAAAUUAUGGACUUACACAACAA